AUGGCAUUAGACAAUUUCAUACGCAGAAACUGCGAGGAUGAUGCGACCAUUGCUGCUGUCAGAAAUGCGGCGGAGUACACGUAUGACGAUAUUCCCGAUCGUGCAGAUUUGGCUGCCCUAGACGAAGCCGUCGUGCCUACGGACGAGGACGUUGACAUGGCGAAGAGAAGACUAGAAAUAAAUGAUGAAGUAGGGAUAGGGGUGUCUAGGAAUUUUCAUUCUAUAGUUGUUGAAGCAAGGGGGCAUGAGGCAUUAACAUUUGAUGAACGAGAUGCAAAGAAUUACAUUGAGAGUAUGAGAAGAUUGAGGCUUGGGGUAGGAGAUACCGAAUCAGUUGCACUUUAUUUUCAUAGGAUGCAACAACAAAAUUCGAACUUCUAUUCUGCAAUGGACCUCGAUGAAGAUGGUCGCAUGCGAAACUUGUUUUGGUUGAAUGCAAGGAAUAUGGCAACUUAUAAAGCAUUUGGGGAUGUUGUUUCAUUUGACACAACCUAUCUCACAAACAAAUAUGAUAUGCCAUUUGUUUCUUUUGCAGGGGUUAAUCACCAUGGGCAGCCAAUUUUUCUUGGUUGUGGGCUGUUGUCUAAUGAGAAUACUGAAACAUUUGAGUGGCUAUUCAAAGAAUGGUUAAGUUGCAUGUCUGACCCUCCUCCAAAAGCUAUAAUAACGGACCAGUGCAGAACUAUGUAA